AUGAGCUCCUUUGAGAAGUCCGUCAAGGGGGCGACCAAGAUCAAGAAUGCUCCCCCCAAGACCAAGUACAUCGAGCACAUCCUAGUUGGCACUCACUCCGGCGAGGCUGGCAUCGCCGAGGUCCUUCGCGCUCUCCAAAACCGACUGCACGACUCAACAUGGACCGUCGUCUUCAAGAGCUUGAUGACGGUCCACCUCAUGAUCCGCGAGGGAUCUCCAGAGGCGACACUGGCGUACCUUGCGCGACACCGAAACAUGCUGGCCAUUAGCAACUUCGCAGACGCUCAAACCCAAGGCCGAAACAUCCGUCACUAUGCCAAUUACCUCAUCGAGCGAGUGCGCGCAUAUCGCGAUACCAAGACUGAUUGGGUGCGCGCCCCGGAAUCAAGGCUGGAGAGACUCACCGUCGAGAAGGGUCUGUUGCGCGAGACAGAAGUUGUUCAGCAUCAGCUUACGGCCUUGCUGAAAUGCGAUCUCCUCGACCAAGAACCAGAGACCGAGAUCACGAUUGCCGUAUUUCGAUUACUAGUCCUUGACCUUCUACCUCUAUUCCAGGUUUUGAACCAAGGACUUAUCAACAUUCUGGGCCACUUCUUUGAAAUGUCGAAGCCGGAUGCCGACAGAGCUAUGGAAAUCUAUCGGACUUUCACUAAGCACACCGACUCCGUCGUCCAGUACCUUAGCACUGCGAAGCAGUGGCAGCAUCACACCAGGGUUGAGGUUCCCAAGCUCAAGCAUGCGCCCGUUAACUUGGGCCGCCAGCUUGAGGAGUAUCUCAACGACCCGGAUUUCGAGAUUCACCGGCGGCAGUACCUGGCAGAGCAGGAGGCCAAGAAGGGUGGCAAGGGAUCCAAGUCCAAGUCUACGAAGAGCGCAGUCGACUUUCCCAAGGCGCCUUCUCCUGCGGCUAACAAUCCAUUCCCCGUUCCCAGCAGCGGAAAUGCAGCUGCCAAGGUUGAAUCGAAGCCUCAAGCUAACAAAGGACCGGACCCUGACCUCAUCGACUUCUUUGAUUCGAUUGAGCAGAACCAGAUACCGAUGCAAGUCACCAGCCAACAGCCCCCUAUGCAAGUGCCCAUGCAAACUCAGGGGCCCGAUCUGGCUUUCCAGGCGCAACCCGUUGGGCUGGGCUUCCAGCCAGGCAACUUUGUCCAGCAACCUGCUGGUUUUGUCCAGGGCAAUGGAUUUCCACAGCCGGACGCUGGAUUCAUGCAGCCCCCUGCGCAACUACAGCCGACCAUCACCGGCUUCAGCGGCUUCGGGCCACAACUGGGUCCUAUCCCCCAGAACACUGUUGCCAAUUUCCAGACUCCUAUCCAACAGCAACCACCACCUGUUGGACUUCAGCCGUCUCUCGCCGCUCCUGGAAUGACCAACCCUUUCCGCCAGUCAAUGCUGGUUGCACAGCCGACAUCCUCUUCGUCUCAGCUGUCAACACCAACGUCGAGCACGCCAACCCUCACCCGCCAAUCCACUAAUCCCUUUGCCAGGUCGACAAACUCUCCGGGCCAGAACACAGGCCCUUUCCAGGCCCAGCCCGUACAGCCUCAACCUACGAGCACCAACCCCUUUGCUCGCAACGUUCCCACCGAAGCCCCGGCGCAGCAACAGCUCCAGGACCCACAGCAACAGUCUUCGUCGCUUGCUCCACAGCCGACGGGUGUCACGAAUCCGUUCCGCCAGGGCGCCUUUGUCAACCACGCCACCGGCAUGGGGUGGCAGCAUAACCAGACUGCGAUUGGCGGCGGCAUCGACCAUAUCCCAACUGUACCGGUGUUCCCUCGUCCGGCACAGCAGACGCCCUGGCAGCAAUAA